CUCCCUCGGCAGACGGAAGCCGGGCAGGGACGAGGGAGCCGGGAAGGCUGGAGCGGCACGAUGGGGGACUCCAAAGUGAAGGUGGCGGUGCGUGUCCGCCCCAUGAACCGGCGAGAGCUUGAUCUGCAUACAAAAUGCGUGGUGGAUGUGGAUGCAAACAAGGUUAUUCUUCACCCUGUAAACACCAACCUUUCAAAAGGAGAUGCCAGCAGGACUCACCCAAAGGUGUUCGCUUACGAUCACUGCUUUUGGUCUAUGGAUGAAUCUGUCAAAGAAAAAUUCGCAGGUCAAGAUGUCGUUUUCAAGUGCCUUGGAGAGAAUAUUCUUCAGAAUGCCUUCGAAGGCUACAAYGCUUGUAUCUUUGCCUAUGGGCAGACAGGAUCUGGAAAAUCCUACACCAUGAUGGGUACUGCUGACCAGCCCGGAUUAAUCCCCAGACUUUGCAGUGGGCUCUUCGAAAGAGCACAGAAAGAAGAAAACGAAGAGCAGAGUUUCAAAGUGGAAGUGUCCUACAUGGAGAUUUACAACGAGAAAGUCAGAGAUCUCCUUGACCCCAAAGGAAGCCGUCAGUCAUUAAAGGUUAGAGAACACAGUGUUUAUGGCCCUUACGUAGAUGGCCUAUCCAAACUAGCUGUUGCUAGCUACAAGGACAUCGAGUCCUUGAUGUCUGAGGGCAACAAAUCUCGCACAGUGGCUGCCACCAACAUGAAUGAAGAGAGCAGUCGGUCCCACGCYGUCUUCAAGAUCAUCCUCACCCACACCCUCUAUGACACACAGUCAGGGACAUCAGGGGAGAAGGUGGGCAAGCUGAGCCUGGUGGACUUGGCAGGGAGUGAAAGGGCAACUAAAACUGGUGCUGCAGGAGACAGGCUGAAAGAAGGGAGCAACAUCAACAAAUCCCUCACCACUCUGGGGCUGGUUAUUUCUGCCCUGGCAGAUCAGGCUGCUGGCAAGAACAAGAACAAAUUUGUUCCAUAUCGUGACUCUGUGCUCACUUGGUUACUUAAAGACAGCCUCGGGGGCAACAGCAAGACAGCCAUGGUGGCCACGGUGAGCCCGGCAGCUGACAACUACGACGAGACGCUGUCGACGCUGCGCUACGCGGACAGGGCCAAGAACAUCGUCAACCACGCCGUGGUCAACGAGGACCCCAACGCCCGCAUCAUCCGCGAGCUCCGCGAGGAGGUGGAGAAACUGCGGGAGCAGCUCACCAAGGCUGAGGCUAUGAAAUCACCAGAAUUAAAAGAGAGGCUGGAGGAAUCGGAGAAGUUGAUUCAGGAGAUGACCGUGACCUGGGAAGAAAAAUUACGGAAAACUGAGGAGAUAGCUCAGGAGAGGCAGAAGCAGCUGGAAAGCCUUGGAAUAUCCCUGCAGUCUUCUGGAAUCAAAGUUGGGGAUAAUAAAUGUUUCCUGGUGAACCUGAAUGCAGAUCCAGCUCUCAACGAGCUCCUGGUGUACUAUUUGAAGGAGCACACGUUGAUAGGCUCAGACAACUCUCAAGACAUCCAGCUGUGUGGGAUGGGAAUUCUCCCUGAGCACUGCAUCAUCGACAUCACCCCAGAAGGCCAGGUUAUGCUGACCCCCCAAAAAAACACCAGGACAUUCGUGAAUGGUUCUGCUGUGGUGUGUCCCAUCCAGCUCCACCACGGAGACAGAAUCCUGUGGGGAAAYAACCAUUUCUUCAGGCUGAAUUUGCCAAAGAAGAAGAAGAAGGCAGAUCACGAGGAGGACGAGCGGGAGAACUCCAUGAAGUGCAGCAACAGCGUGGAGCAGUUGGAUGUGGAUGGAGACAAUUCCAGUGAGGUGUCCAGCGAGAUUAAUUUCAGCUAUGAAUACGCCCAGAUGGAGGUCACCAUGAAGGCCCUUGGGAGCAAUGACCCGAUGCAGUCAAUCCUGCAAAGCCUGGAGCAGCAGCACGAGGAGGAGAAGAGGUCAGCCCUGGAGAGGCAGAGGUUGAUGUACGAGCACGAGCUGGAGCAGCUGCGGCGCCGCCUCUCGCCUGAGAAGCAGCAUUUUCGCAGCAUGGAGCGCUUCUCCUUUCAUUCACCCAGUGCCCAGCAGCGCCUCAGGCAGUGGGCAGAGGAGAGAGAGGAAAUGCUGACCCACAGCCUGAGGAAGCUGCGAGAGCAGAUUGUUAAAGCCAAUUUGUAYGUGAGAGAAGCCAAUUUCAUCGGAGAGGAGCUGGACAAGAGGACAGAGUACAAAGUGACCCUCCAGAUCCCAGCCUCGAGCCUUAAUGCCAACAGCAAGAGAGGUGCAAUUCUCAGCGAGCCCGCCAUCCAGGUGAGGAGGAAAGGGAAAGGCAAACAGAUCUGGUCACUGGAAAAACUGGAAAAUCGCCUGGUGGAUAUGAGGGACCUUUACCAGGAGUGGAAAGACUGUGAGGAAGACAAUCCAGUGAUGAGAGCUUAUUUCAGGAGAGCUGAUCCCUUCUACGACGAGCAGGAGAACCACAGCCUUAUUGGAGUCGCCAACGUUUUCCUUGAGUGCCUGUUCUACGAUGUCAAACUGCAAUAUGCUGUCCCAAUCAUCAAUCAGAAGGGAGAGGUUUCAGGUCGUCUCCACGUGGAAGUGGUCCGAGUGAGUGGGGAGAUCGAUGACAGGCUGGUGGGAGGUGAGGACAGUCCCGACUGUUCCAAUGACAACGACGUCCAGGAGAGAAAACUCGUCUGCAGGAUUAAAAUACUKCAAGCUACGGGUUUGCCACAGCACCUGUCCAACUUUGUGUUCUGCAAAUACACGUUCUGGGAUCAAGCAGAGCCAGUUAAUGUUGCCCCUGAGGUGGAUCCUUCCCAAUCCUCCAUCAGCAAGGAGCCACGGUGCAUGGUUGUCUUUGACCACUGCAAUGAGGUUUCUGUGAAUAUUUCUGAAGACUUCAUGGAGCAUCUUUAYGAUGGUGCUUUGGCCAUUGAAGUUUAUGGGCACAAGCAGAGYGGGGACCGAAAAAACCCAGCCCUGUGGGAUUUGGGAAUCAUUCAGGCCAAAACACGCAGCCUUCGUGACAGGUGGAGUGAGGUGACCCGCAAAGUGGAGCUGUGGGUUCAGAUCCUGGAGCUGAACGAGAACGGGGAGUACUGCCCUGUCGAGGUGACCCCUGCCAAGGACGUCAGCACRGGUGGCAUUUUCCAGCUCCGGCAGGGCCAAUCUCGACGAAUCCAGGUUGAAGUGAAGUCUGUGCAGGAAUCUGGGACCUUGCCCCUGAUGGAGGAAUCCAUAUUAUCUGUUGGCAUUGGCUGUGUUCAGAUAAAACACAUCAAAUCACAGAAUUAUCAGGACAGGGACUUGGAGAGGCUCCGUAGGAAGUGGCUCUGUGCCUUAACAAAGCGCCAGGAGUACCUGGAUCAGCAGCUCCAGAAACUCGUGGGGAAGCCUGAUAAAUCGGAGGACGACGCCGAUCGGGAGGCGCAGCUCCUGGAGAUGAGACUGACCCUCACGGAGGAGAGGAACGCUGUGAUGGUGCCUUCUGCUGGCAGUGGGAUCCCUGGAGCUCCAGCAGAGUGGACUCCUGUGGCUGGGAUGGAAACUCACAUUCCUGUUAUAUUCCUUGACUUGAAUGCUGAUGAUUUCAGCUCCCAGGAUAACCUGGAUGACCCAGAGGCAGGAGGCUGGGAUGCCACUCUGGUGGCUGAGGAGGAGGAGGAGUUCUUCGAGCUGCAGAUUGUGAAGCAUCAYGAYAGCGAGGUGAAAGCAGAAGCCUCGUGGGACUCCACGGUCCACGACUGCAUCCAGCUCAGCAAGGGCACGGCGGCGGAGGAGAGGGUUUACCUGAUUGUCAGAGCCACGGUCCAGCUCAGCCACCCYGCAGAGAUGCAGCUGGUGCUGCGCAAGCGCAUCUGUGUCAACGUCUAUGGCAGGCAGGGUUUCGCACAGAGUUUCCUCCGAAGGAUGUCCCCCCGAAGCUCCAUCCCCGGCUGUGGCGUCACUUUUGAGAUCGUCUCCAACAUUCCAGAGGAUGCUCAGGGGGCUGAGGAGCGGGAGGCACUGGCCAGGAUGGCAGCAAACGUGGAGGAUGCAGCUUCAGCUGACUCAGAAGCCUACAUUGAGAAAUACCUGCGGAGCGUCCUGGCCGUGGAGAACAUCCUCACCCUGGACCGCCUGCGCCAGGAAGUUGCUGUCAAGGAGCAGCUGAUGGGAAAAGGAAAACUCUACCGCAGGAGCCUGAGCUCCCCCAACGUGAACCGGCUUUCUGCAAGCCGCCAGGAUUUAGCCCCCCCUUACAACCUGAGCAGUAACAGGGUGAGUAUCUGCAGAUUUCCUGGGAAAACCUGGACAGGAAAAAAGGAAGUGAUUCUUCUCUCCCAGUGACAGGAGCGUG